ACUUAAAGUGCGGGGAAGAGUUUCUGCCCGCAAAGCGAUUCCAAAGCUGCAAGCCCACCGCCUCUUCUAAUCCCUUCCCUCUGAUCUAUCUAAAAGCUCACAUGUGUCUUUCAUUUUGCCGAUCUUCAUCGCUAAUUAACCUUCAUUUUUGCAUAACACACUCUCUCUCGCUUUGAUUAGGGGUUAGCACUCCGAUCCAAGCGCUUCGAUCUUCAGAUUCGGAUCUUCCAAUUUCUAUCUGCGUUCUUGCAACCUUGAAUUCGAUGCCGAAUUUGUACGUGAAGGCGUCGCCGCCGACGGAUCUGAAUCGAAACACGGAGUGGUUCACGUAUCCGGGUGUGUGGUCCACCUACAUCCUCAUCCUUUUCUUCUCAUGGCUAGUCGUCCUCUCCGUCUUCGGCUGCUCUCCUGGCAUGGCCUGGACAAUUGUCCACCUCUCUCAUUUCAUCAUUACAUAUCACUUCUUUCACUGGAAGAAGGGAACACCUUUCGCAGAUGACCAGGGUAUUUACAACAGGUUGACAUGGUGGGAACAGAUAGACAAUGGCAAACAGCUCACACGCAAUAGAAAGUUUCUUACUGUAGUCCCUGUCGUACUGUAUUUAAUAGCAUCCCACACAACAGAUUACCAACACCCGAUGCUGUUUCUCAACACGGUGGCAGUUUUUGUACUGGUUGUCGCCAAGUUUCCGCACAUGCACAAAGUUCGCAUCUUUGGGAUUAAUGCAGAUCAGUGAGUAACCCACCCGAAUUCUGCUAUUAAAAAUUUAUGAUAUCCGAAAUUGUUCUCGCACUGCCGUGUUGAUCAUUUCAGUCUUCCAGAACAAAGUGAAUAUGCCCCCCAUGUACAUAUGCGUGUUUAAACUGAGCAAGGGUCUGUAAAAUUCAAAGGUUCUCUCGUGGGACGUUCUUUAAAAACGACUUCUACUUGUAGGCUUGUAGCUACCCAACUGUUGAAAGAUUAAACUCCAACUAUAUGAUAAAUUUUAAGAUUAAAAAUAUGAAAAUGUGUCACCAAGGCAAACAAAAAACAGAAAAUUGA